AAGUGGGCGCACAGUGCCUUCCGGAACCGGACGCCAUUUCCAGUGGUUGCUGGUUCUGACGGGUUGUAGUCCGUCAGGACAAUGAGUUAUGACUACCAUCAGAACUGGGGCCGUGAUGGGGGGCCCCGCAGCUCCGGUGGGGGCUAUGGAGGGGGGUCGGCAGGGGGUCAUGGAGGGAACCGAGGCUCCGGAGGAGGCGGCGGCGGCGGAGGGGGUGGUCGAGGCGGCAGGGGCCGGCAUCCCGGGCACCUGAAAGGCCGCGAAAUCGGCAUGUGGUACGCGAAAAAACAGGGACAGAAGAACAAGGAAGCGGAGAGGCAAGAGAGAGCUGUAGUACACAUGGAUGAACGACGAGAAGAACAAAUUGUGCAGCUACUGAAUUCUGUUCAAGCGAAGAAUGAUAAAGAGUCGGAAGCACAGAUAUCCUGGUUUGCUCCUGAGGAUCAUGGAUACGGUACUGAAGUUUGUACUAAGAACACACCAUGCUCAGAGAAGAAACUUGACAUCCAGGAAAAGAAGUUGAUAAACCAAGAAAAAAAAAUGUUUAGAAUCAGGAACAAAUCAUAUAUUGACCAAGAUUCUGAGUAUCUCUUGCAAGAAAAUGAACCAGAUGGAACUUUAGACCAAAAAUUAUUGGAAGAUUUACAAAAGAAAAAAAAUGACCUCCGGUAUAUUGAAAUGCAGCAUUUCAGAGAAAAGCUGCCUUCAUAUGGAAUGCAAAAGGAAUUGGUAAAUUUAAUUGAUAAACAUCAGGUAACAGUAAUAAGUGGUGAAACUGGUUGUGGCAAAACCACUCAAGUUACUCAGUUCAUUUUGGAUAACUACAUUGAAAGAGGAAAAGGAUCUGCUUGCAGGAUCGUUUGUACUCAGCCAAGAAGAAUUAGUGCCAUUUCAGUUGCGGAAAGAGUGGCUGCAGAAAGGGCAGAAUCUUGUGGCAAUGGUAAUAGUACUGGAUAUCAAAUUCGUCUCCAGAGUCGGUUGCCAAGGAAACAGGGUUCUAUCUUAUACUGUACAACAGGAAUCAUCCUUCAGUGGCUCCAGUCAGACCCGUAUUUGUCCAGCGUUAGUCAUAUCGUACUUGAUGAAAUCCAUGAAAGAAACCUGCAGUCAGAUGUUUUAAUGACUGUUGUUAAAGAUCUUCUCAAUUUUCGAUCUGACUUGAAAGUAAUACUGAUGAGUGCAACGUUGAAUGCGGAAAAGUUUUCAGAAUAUUUUGGUAACUGUCCAAUGAUACAUAUACCUGGUUUUACCUUUCCGGUUGUGGAAUAUCUUUUGGAAGAUAUAAUUGAAAAAAUAAGGUAUAUUCCAGAACAAAAAGAACACAGAUCCCAGUUUAAGAGGGGUUUCAUGCAAGGGCAUGUAAACAGGCAAGAAAAAGAAGAAAAAGAAGCAAUAUAUAAAGAACGUUGGCCAGAUUAUGUAAGGGAACUGCGAAGAAGGUAUUCUGCAAGUACUGUAGAUGUUAUAGAAAUGAUGGAUGAUGAUAAAGUUGAUCUCAAUUUGAUUGUUGCCCUUAUCCGAUACAUUGUUUUGGAAGAAGAGGAUGGUGCGAUACUGGUCUUUCUACCAGGCUGGGACAAUAUCAGCACUUUACAUGAUCUCUUGAUGUCACAAGUAAUGUUUAAAUCAGAUAAAUUUUUAAUUAUACCUUUACAUUCAUUGAUGCCUACAGUUAACCAGACACAGGUGUUUAAAAGAACCCCUCCUGGUGUUCGGAAAAUAGUAAUUGCUACCAACAUUGCGGAGACUAGCAUUACCAUAGACGAUGUCGUUUAUGUGAUAGAUGGAGGAAAAAUAAAAGAGACACAUUUUGAUACUCAGAACAAUAUCAGUACAAUGUCCGCUGAGUGGGUUAGUAAAGCUAAUGCCAAACAGAGAAAAGGUCGAGCUGGAAGAGUUCAACCUGGUCAUUGCUAUCAUCUGUAUAAUGGUCUUAGAGCAAGUCUUCUAGAUGACUAUCAACUGCCAGAAAUUUUGAGAACUCCUUUGGAAGAACUUUGUUUACAAAUAAAGAUUUUAAGGCUAGGUGGAAUUGCUUAUUUUCUGAGUAGGUUAAUGGAUCCACCAUCAAAUGAGGCAGUGUUACUCUCCAUAAGACACCUGAUGGAGCUGAACGCUUUAGAUAAACAAGAAGAAUUGACACCUCUUGGAGUCCACUUGGCACGAUUACCCGUUGAGCCACAUAUUGGAAAAAUGAUUCUUUUUGGAGCUCUGUUCUGCUGCUUAGACCCAGUACUCACUAUUGCUGCUAGUCUCAGUUUCAAAGAUCCAUUUGUCAUUCCAUUGGGAAAAGAAAAGAUUGCAGAUGCAAGAAGAAAGGAAUUGGCAAAGGAUACUAGAAGUGAUCACUUAACAGUUGUGAAUGCGUUUGAGGGUUGGGAAGAGGCUAGGCGACGUGGUUUCAGAUACGAAAAGGACUAUUGCUGGGAGUAUUUUCUGUCUUCAAACACACUGCAGAUGCUGCAUAACAUGAAAGGACAGUUUGCUGAGCAUCUUCUUGGAGCUGGAUUUGUAAGCAGUAGAAAUCCUAAAGAUCCAGAAUCUAAUAUAAAUUCAGAUAAUGAGAAGAUAAUUAAAGCUGUCAUCUGUGCUGGUUUAUAUCCCAAAGUUGCUAAAAUUCGACUAAAUUUGGGUAAAAAAAGAAAAAUGGUGAAAGUUUACACAAAAACCGAUGGCCUGGUUGCUAUUCAUCCUAAAUCUGUUAAUGUGGAGCAAACAGACUUUCACUACAAUUGGCUUAUCUAUCACCUGAAGAUGAGAACAAGCAGUAUAUAUUUGUAUGACUGCACAGAGGUUUCCCCAUACUGUCUCUUGUUUUUUGGAGGUGAUAUUUCCAUCCAGAAGGAUAACGAUCAGGAAACUAUUGCUGUAGAUGAGUGGAUUGUAUUUCAGUCUCCAGCAAGAAUUGCCCAUCUUGUUAAGGAAUUAAGAAAGGAGCUAGAUAUUCUUCUGCAAGAGAAGAUUGAAAGUCCUCAUCCUGUAGACUGGAAUGACACUAAAUCCAGAGACUGUGCAGUACUGUCAGCUAUUAUAGACUUGAUCAAAACACAGGAAAAGGCAACUCCCAGGAACUUUCCGCCACAAUUCCAGGAUGGAUAUUACAGCUGACAACUUUUCAGGGGUGGUCUGAAAAAUCUGUUUGACAGCCAUUCUUCAUCAUUGUUUAAAUUUUGGCUGGAUGCCAAACCCUGGGACAUGACCAAUUUUCAUGUGUAAGGUAGAAACUUUCAAUAGGUAGUAAAGACUUAAUGUGCAUGACGUGAUGUUAUAUGGAGCUAUUUCAUACAUAUACACACACACACACACACACACACACACACACCAUAAAAGGAAUAUAUUCUCUGAUCAUAUACUCUGCUGUGGUCAUGCCCACUCUUUGGGAGUAUAUUCCCUUUAUAUGUAUUGAGUAUUGUCCACUUGAGAAAUUCCUUUGUUCUGUUAUACAAAAUUAAUCUUUCUUAUAAUGAUUGAUGAUACCACCAGUAAAAAUUGGAUGUUUGCCCAAAAAAACAGUGUCAGUUAAGAAUUUGAACACAACCACAUUUUUGAAAAUGAAACUUCUAUCAGAAGUAAAUUAAUUUGUUGUAAUAAAGUCCAGUAUUUAAUAAAAUGUACAAUGUUAAAUCUCAGCCAA